UUAAACAUUAAUUAUAAAAGAAAUAAACCAGGAAAAUGCAUUUAUAAUGACUUAUAUUGUAUAUGUUUUGAAUUUUUAUGGAUAUUUUAUUAGAUUCUCAAAAAAAUACAAAAAACCGACUGGUGGUUUUAAUUAGUGGCUCGGGUACAAAUCUUCAGGCAAUUAUUGAUGCAUGUGCAUGUCAACAAAUUAAUGGUUAUAUAUCUAGAGUUAUCUCGAACACUCGAUCUGCAUAUGGUAUUGUUCGUGCAGAAAAAGUAGGAAUUCCAAUUACUAUACAUCCUCUUCUUCCAUAUAAAAAAAAAGAAGAAGCUAAUCUAGCAGGAAUUGAAAUAGCUCGAUAUAAAUAUGAUAAAGAUCUCUCAGAUAUUAUUAUUAAGGAAGAUCCAGCAUUGGUUAUUUGUGCAGGAUGGAUGCAUAUUUUGUCAAAUGCAUGUCUUGAUCCAUUAGAAAAAUGUGGAAUUAAACUUAUUAAUCUUCAUCCUGCACUUCCAGCAACGUUUGAUGGUAUGUAUGCUAUAGAGAGAGCAUAUAAAGCUUUUUGUGAGGGAAAAAUUAUGAAAACUGGAGUUAUGGUUCAUCAGGUUAUCGAAAAAAUUGAUCGAGGAGAACCUAUUAUUGUUAAAGAAGUUCCAAUGUUAAGUAAUGAAACUUUUUGUCAGUUCGAGGAACGCAUGCAUAAAAUUGAACAUGAAGUUAUCAUAGAGGCAAUUUUAAUUAUUUUAAACUCUACAAAUAAGUAAUUUAUAUCAAUAAUAUUUUUAAGGAUAUAUAUGGUUUUCAAUCUUUAAAUGAAUAUGUACAAAUGAGUUAAUAAGGAAUGCCUAUAUUGAAUUAGCCUAUUUUAGUAAUAGUUAAAUAGAACUACCAUUAGUAAUUGAUUGAAAUUGGUC